UGAUCCCUAGCAGCACAAAAACAAAACAAACAAAUGAAAAAAAAAAACAGUUUUAAAAUACUGGUGCACCUUGUCUUAUGAUGCAUUAUACCCUGAUAAGCCCAUAGUAAGUUGCAAAUGUGUAAGUAAAAACUACAUUUAAUAUCCUUAACCUAUAGGUCAUUAGACCACCUUAAACAUAAUAACCGUAACCUAUAGGUCAUUAGGCCACCUUAAACAUUUUCACAACACUUACAUCAGGAGACAGCUGGGCAAAACCAUCUAACACAAAGUCUGUUUUAUAAUAGCACUGACUCUCAAGUAAUUUAGUGCAUGCUGAACUGAAAGGAAAAGCAGAGGGUUUGCAUGGGUGCACUUCUGCACUAGGGUGAAGUGGGGAAUCUUCUAAGUACGUCCCAUGCACUAUUUGGGACAUACUUACAGCCGAAAGGUAUUUGCUGUUUCUCUUAAACUCAAGCUUAACUGGUUAUUCUGUAUUUUAUCUGAACCACCAGAUGUCGGGGGGGGGAUGAUUAGCCCCCAAAUCACUUUGUUGAUUGACCCCUGUUCUGUCCACCCACCUUCAGCUGAUUCCAAAGUCAGUGGGGACUACAGUGUUUGGGCCAGGUAGCAUCUCAGCUUGGAGCUGAAGCAAGAAAGCAGAAAUGGUUGCUGGGUCCUGGAAAGCCUUCCUCAAAGCCUGGGGUCUCUCAGGCAGGAGUGACAUCCCUAGCUUUUUUUCAAUUGAAAAAAAAAAUUGAGACAAGGACUCACUUAAUUGUCCAGGAUUGGCUUGAACUUGCCAUCCUCCUGUGACCUUCUCCUAAGUAGCUGGGAUUCAGCAUUCAAACCACACCCUGCCUUAUCUCUGCUCUCUUGACCCUCAGGUAUGCUGGCUCCAGUACAGGAGAGAAAGAGGAACCUGUCAGAGCCCUCUAAAAAAGAGGAAGGGACAACUUGUGUGGUGGCUUGAGGAGGAGUGGGGACUCAACCAAGGGCUGAAAAAGCAGAACCCCAGUCAGGCAGGACCCACCUGGAGAAGGUCAUUGCAAUUGCUGGUGCCAGUGAAAAGCGGAUCCAGAAAAGCAACAGUGACUCACAAAGCUGGGCGGUGCCAGACAGAUGCAGCUUCCCACUGGCUCUGAAAGCCAGGUCACAAAGGCCAUUACAGCAUACCCGGAAGAGGCACGCCUCAAGACAGCCCUGUGUAGCACUCAUCUCUGCAGCUGGGCAGGCCCUGGGCCUCCUGCCAUGCCACAGCCCUCAGACUGGGCCUCAGGACUAGUGCAGCAAAGCACGAAGCCUCAGUGUGCUCAUGUGUGUCAUCUGUUUUGUGAAGGCGUUGGUGCAUGUGUUCAAGAUCUACCUGACAGCCAACUAUACCUACAACUUCCGCAGCUGGCCUGUGGACUUUCGCUGGGAUGAUGUGUGCUCCGCUGGUGGGGGUGGCAGCGGUCAUCGGGCGCUGACGUGCACAGCAGCCGCUGCAGGUGUGUGGUUGCUUCGGGAUGCAGCACUGGGAGGGGAUGCACCGGGGCGGCCACUGCGCCGGGCUCGCAGUCAGGCACAGUGCCUCCUGCAGCAGAUCCGAGAGCUGCCCAGCCAGCUUACCAGCUAUGCCUUGGCCCACUCGCUAGGGCGCUGGCUCGUGUACCCUGGUUCCAUGUUCCUGAUGUCCCGAGCACUGCUGCCACUACUGCAGCAGGGCCAAGAGCGCCUCAUGGAGCGCUACCAUGGCCGGCGUGCCAAGCUGGUGGCCUGUGAUGGCAAUGAGAUUGACACCAUGUUCAUGGAUCGCCGUCAGAACCCUGGAAGCCAUGGUCGUGGCCUGCGCCUGGUCAUCUGCUGCGAAGGCAAUGCUGGCUUCUAUGAGAUGGGCUGCCUGUCUGCACCACUUGAAGCUGGCUAUUCAGUGCUAGGCUGGAACCACCCAGGUUUUGGGGGCAGCACAGGUGCUCCAUUCCCACAGCACGAUGCCAACGCCAUGGACGUAGUGGUCAAGUAUGCUCUGCACCGCCUGCAAUUUCCACCUGCACAUGUGGUGGUCUAUGGCUGGUCCAUUGGAGGCUUUACUGCGACCUGGGCUACAAUGACUUACCCAGAGCUGGGGGCACUUGUGCUAGAUGCCACCUUUGAUGACCUUGUGCCGCUAGCACUGAAGGUCAUGCCCCACAGCUGGAAGGGACUGGUGGUGCGCACUGUGCGGCAGCACUUCAACCUCAAUGUUGCCGAGCAGCUGUGCUGCUACCCUGGGCCAGUGCUGCUGCUCCGGCGCACCCAGGAUGACGUGGUCAGCACCUCGAGCCACCUGCCUACCCUGCCCCCUGGAGACGUGGAGGGUAACCGUGGCAAUGAACUGCUGCUGCGCCUGCUGCAGCACCGGUAUCCGACCUUGAUGGCACAUGAGGGGCGUGUUGUUGUGACCCGCUGGCUGCGCUCCAACAGCCUGGCACAGGAGGCUGCCUUCUAUACACGCUACCGUGUGGAUGAUGAGUGGUGCCUUGCGAUGCUGCACUCUUACCGUGAGCGCUGCCAGGAGCAGGCCUGGGGGCCACAUGGGCCCACCUUCCCCUGGCUCGUGGGCCAGGGCCUGAGCCCACGGCGGCAACGCCAGCUUGCACUGUUUCUUGCACGCAAGCACCUCAGGAAUGUGGAAGCAACUCACUGCAGCCCGCUGGAGCCUGAGGACUUCCAGUUGCCCUGGAGGCUGUAGCCUGGGCUGGUGAGGCUCCUGCUGUGGGUAUUCCACACCUUCCCAGCCUAGGGUUUAUUCUCUUCCCCAAAACCCCAACCAGAAAAGCUAGUCCUGCCCAGUAUCCUGACCUGGUGUCUGAGGAGGGUAGGCAGUAUAUCUGGACCAUGGGCAUCCUUCACAAGGGCAUUCAGAUCUUCCUUUCGAUCUUCCCUGCUCCCACCUUCUUUUCUUUCCUUUCCUUCUGCAAACACUUUUGGACAACUGUGCCCAGUUCCCGAAGGGAAUGCAAAGAUGAACUUGGCCCAGUUUAUGGUAA